AUGUUACGUACGAUAUGUUAUGUACUGAUGUUCGCUUGCAUAAUUUUAACAACUGCUUCCUUACCAGUUGCAGUUGCUAAUAAAAAAGAUUCGAAAUUUUGCUGUAAAUGUACAGUGGACGGAAAUGAGAGCACAGGUAAAGUUGCCACCAAUUUAGAAAGUGGUUUCAUCAACACAGUCAAUUUGAUAGCACGUUCUCUAACAGGGUGUGGAGGAUUGACUGCUACGAUGGUCAGCGGUACUGAUGGAGAAUUUAUUAGCAACGGUGGAGUAGGACUUAUCAAUGCUUAUGUUGGACGUCCAGGUGCUGCAGUACAAAUCCGUGUACCUCAAGUACAGUUUCCUGCACCAAUCAGUAUUAUACCACACCAGCAGUAUCUGUUGUAUAAUCUUCAACCAUUACAAUUAUCGUUUUUCAACCUACAACAACCAAAAGUUACCACGCAGUGUUGCAUGCCAUGUCCGGACGGGAAUGGUAUCUGUUGCUGCACACCUGGUGCAACCACAACAAGACCUCACGAUUCGCACACCUUGCAUCAUCCAGCUGGAGCAGAAAUACCGUUUAAAAGCACUUCACUACUUGUUUGCACAAUAACACUACUAGUUCUCAACCAUGCUUUAUGA